GGUCCCCGACCCCGACCCCGACCCCGUCCCCGUCCCCCGGGCACGGCGUGUGCGUGUGCCCGGGCCCGCCCCGUGCGCCCCCGGUCCGGGCUGCGCCCGGCGACAGCGACGGGAGGAGCCUGCGCCGCGCGGACAAAGCCCUCCCCGGCGGCGGGAGGAGCCGCAGCGCAGCGGAGCCGGAGCCGAGCGAAGCAGAGCAGGGCGGGCGGCCCCCUUCGCCGAGCCCCGCUGCAGCAGCACCAGUCCUCGGCAGCGGCAUUGCCCGGCCCGGCCCGGCCCGGCCCGGCCCCGCGGGAUGUGAGGGCGGCGGCGGCGGGGAUGGGUGCGGGACAUGGCAGCGCCGCCGCGCCCCGGCCCCGGUCCCCAGGCGGCUCCUCGGCUGCGCAAGGGCCGGCAGCGCCCGCGCCCCGCGCCCGCUCGGCCCCGCGCGGCCCGGGCCGCAGUAGCCGCUGAGGGCUCCCGAGCCCAAGCCCGACGGAGUGGGGGGGCCGGGGCCCGGGCCCAUGGAGCCGGACCCGCUCCUGCUGCUCCCGGACCCGCUCCUGACGCCGGGGGAGCAGGUGCCGCCGGCCCCGGCCCCGGCCCGGCCCGCCGGGCGCGGCCCCCGCGCGGAGCCAAUGGGCGGCCCGGGAGCGCCGGCGGCUGCGGCCCGCGGCGGUGAUGAGCGCGCCCGGCCCGGCGGCGGCGGCGGCUCGGAUUCGGUCUCGCGGCAGCAGCAGCUCCUCCCGCGCCCGGCACCGGCGCCCCAGAGCUCGGAGGGGCUCGAGGAGGGAGGAGGCCUCGGGAGCCCGGAGCCCCCGGGCGGACGCCUCUCGCCUGCGCCCCUGUGGAGCCCGGCCCCGGGCUGCCGGCCGCCCCCGAGCGCGCAGGACCCCGGCUGCGGCCCCCGGCCGGGCGGCGACAUGGACCCGCUGCCCCCCCGCGCUGCUUGCCAGCCCGAGCAGGCCCCCGGCGAGCCCCCGGCCUGCCCCGAGGAGGGGCCUCGCCUGCGAGCCGUCUUCGAUGCCCUGGACCGCGAUGGGGACGGUUUUGUCCGGAUAGAGGAGUUUGUUCAGUUUGCCACCGUCUAUGGAGCAGAGCAGGUGAAGGACUUAACGAAGUAUCUUGACCCCAGUGGACUUGGAGUGAUCAGCUUUGAAGACUUCUAUAGAGGGAUUACAGCUAUUAGAAAUGGAGAUCCUGACAAUCAGUUGUAUGAUAUGGGAUACGCUCAGGAAGAGGAUCCCCCAACCUGUCCUGAUGAGUUUGAUGACUUUGUCACAUUUGAGGCAAAUGAGGUGACUGACAGUGCCUACAUGGGGUCAGAGAGCACUUACAGCGAGUGUGAAACCUUCACGGACGAGGACACCAGCACACUAGUACAUCACGAGAUGCAUGAUGAAGUUGAAACAGACAGUGCUAUUGAUUCCACGGUGCACUCAGAGUUCACAGAUGCUAUAGAGGAACCAGAGAACGGAUCCCACCCACAUGACCUACCCUUGAGCUCAGACCUCAAUCACUCCAUCGUUACAGUAAUUAGUGGGGAGGAGCACUUCGAGGAUUACGGAGAAAGGAAUGAAGCAGAUUUGUUCUCAGACAGCCUGUGUAACGGGGAAAGCAGCUUUAGUGGCUCCUCUUUCCUUUCUCCCAGCGCCAAUCCACUUGCUGCGAAACUGCACAGCAUUAUCACAGAUGAGGCAUUUGAGUUUUAUUGUAGCCAGUGCCACAAACAAAUCAACCGCCUUGAGGAUCUUUCUGCUCGCCUGAAUGAUCUUGAAAUGAAUAGUCCGAAUAAAAGACUCUCAAGCAAGAAGGUAGCAAGACACUUGCAUCAGACAGGCACGUUGGCUGUGGAUGCUACAGAAGACCCUUACCGGGACGCCAUGGAGUGUGCAGAUGAGGACAUCACUGACAAGGUUAUCUUCUUGGAGAAGAGGGUCACAGAGCUGGAAAAGGACACAGCAGCCAAUGGGGAGCAGCACAAUCGGUUAAAACAGGAAAAUCUGCAACUUGUGCACAGAGCUAAUGCCCUUGAGGAGCAGCUGAAGGAACAGGAGUUGAAAGCAGAUGAGACCCUCAUGGAGGAGAUCAAAAAACAGAGGGAAAUUCUGAGCAAGAUGGAGAGAGAAAAGAGUAUUGAGAUUGAGAAUCUGCAAGCCAGACUACAGCAGCUGGAUGAUGAUAACAGUGAGCUGAGAUCCUGCGUCCCUUGUUUGAAGGCCAGUAUCGAGAGGCUAGAGGAGGAGAAGCAGAAAUUGUUAGAUGAGAUUGAAGACCUCACUGCUCAACUCAAGGAGGAGCAGGAAAGCAAGAGGAAGAUGGGAGACAAAUUGACUCAUGAGAGACACCAGUUCCAGAAGGAAAAAGAGUCCACCCAAGAGCUGAUUGAGGACCUCAGGAAGCAGCUGGAGCACCUGCAGUUGUUUAAACUUGAAGCAGAGCAGCGAAGAGGCAGAAGCAGCAGCAUGGGACUCCAGGAGUACAAUAGUAGGACGCGGGAGACAGAGCUGGAGCAAGAGAUCAGACGGCUCAAACAGGAUAACCGAAACCUGAAGGAACAAAAUGAUGAACUGAAUGGACAGAUCAUAAACCUUAGCAUCCAGGGAGCCAAGAACCUCUUCUCAGCUUCAUUUUCAGAGUCCCUAGCUGCAGAAAUCAGCUCGGUCUCCAGAGAUGAGCUAAUGGAGGCGAUUCAAAAACAGGAAGAAAUCAACUUCCGCCUCCAGGAUUACAUUGACAGGAUCAUUGUUGCCAUCAUGGAAACGAAUCCAUCCAUCCUGGAAGUCAAAUAAGGAGGCCACAAGCUGCAGACUCUGUACUGGGGAUCUGGUGUGGACUUAGUGCUCUGAGAGGGGAAAAGAGGCUUGCAACACCUUUGAUCUUAAUGAAGGCACAAGAAGCAUCACUUCAGAUUGUUGGAUGAAUUAAUCCAGUGGACCGGGGGAGAAAGAAAAACAGCAAUGAAGCUUUGUUGUUUGACUCCAUUACUUAAAGACCCUUCCUGGCUUUGAGGGGUAAAAAGGGAAUCUGGAGAAAUGCAGGCAUAGGCAGAAGAGGAAGGGGAAAGAAGAGGAACUGCCACCCUGCCACUGGAACAUAUCGAACACUGGGGUUGAUAAAUGGCUGCUAACAGGAACUGUCUAAACCAUAAUCCUGAAAUCCCUAUUGCACAGGUGGGGACUGAGUUUGAAAAGAGUUAUCCAGAACCUAGGGCCAUAGAGAGAUGACUCCCAUUCAGCCUGUUAUUAAGAGAAGAUGCUAAUGGGACGGAGAAGCUAGCUGACUGAAUUCUGUGCCCUGUCCCACUGACACACCUACUUUGCCGAAGUGUCCAGCACAUGCUCACUAAGGCAAAUCUACCAACAAGAAAAGCUUUGUCCCAGACCUGUAUAUUUUUUUUUUUUCACUCAUAGUGGGAAGUUCCUUCUUCAAACAGCACUGCUAGCACCUCACUCCCUGGGGCUUGGCCCUGAUGGGUUCUCCAUUUAGGUGGUAGAUGAAAAGGGAGGAGUAGCCAUUUUUUGUAGACCAUUGUUGGAGCCUGAUCUGUGCCUCUGCACUUGUGUUUUGUUCUGGCUUGGCGAGAUGUCACAUUGCUCCAUCUUUGGAGCUCACUGUUCAGCAAGCUCCAUCCCAUGUGUGAUUCACUGGGGUGGCUUUUACCAAAUUCCCUUUCUCCUUUUGGGACAAGUUCCCCAAGUAUCAGAUGUGAAUCCCUAUGAAUCAAGCCAGUGGGGCCUGAAUUGAAUGGGCCUGCGGUAGGGCAACAAGCAAUGGGAGGGAUAAAAGUCAUACAACCAUGGAUAGGUGGACUCUCUACCCUUCCUUCCUGUUGUUCCCUUCAGGGACUGAAGGCAGGGCUACAAUCUCUCCCAGCUUUAUUAGUCAGUCCUGGAGCCAGCCUGGCAGCUGGCAUGUUCUUCCCUGCUCCUGCUUCUGUUUGUAUGACUCCUCCUUACCUUGGAGUACUUUUAUAGCCUUAGAAUUGCUGCAGCAACAAAUGGGCGCACAGCACCUUGAGGCAGUUGCAUUCAGGCAGCCCCUUGUGUCAGAGAAUAAGCUACAGUGAAGAGAAACAACAUGAGCCAUUUGAACACUUAUUUCAGGCCCAAGGAUUGUUGUACCAUGGAAACUGUCGCCUAUGCCUGAAUGUCACUUCAGAAUGAAAGUGGUACGGUCUAUGGCAAUAAUCUUCUCUGAGAUGGGCUCCGCUGUUGACACUCACAGCACUGGAGGUGGGGCCCUUGCCAGGGUAUAGGGCAGAGCCCUGGCUGGCUCUUGCCUGUCCUCUUCUCACAUCCCUGUGCUGCCCUACCUUUGGUUUCACCCUUGCAUUAAUCAAGUUUUUGUUGGUCUAAACCAGGAAACUGCUAUCAUUGUGUUGACUACUUAGACAACUGAGUUUACCUGGAGCCUGAACCUUGUGGUGGGAAGGGCAUACAGCUCGCUGGAGACUGAAAUCCAUGACUGCUGGGAAACAAAAGCCAUGUUUGCAUCCAGCACAUUUAGGCUCACUACUAUGAAAGGCCAUUUUUAAAUCUAAGGGCCUUUCACAGUGCAUUGCCUAAUAAGUAAAUGAGGAGUUGAUUAAAAAGAGCCUUUUCCUCUGGCUACCAAAAUAACAUUAAGAAGGGUAGAAGCUCCUGAAGGAUCUGGCUUCUGUUACUGAGGUGUUUUGGCCCAACAAGUCGGGGGGGGGGUAUGUUUGUGAAACUUGAAAACAUAAUUUUCUCCAAGUCAAUAUUAAAUGGUUCCUCACAAAUACACUUUUCCUGUAACAAAUAGCUGUCCUGAUUCCAAGCAUAGUCACAUGGGACAGACAGCAGGUUUCUCUUUUAAAAUAGGGGGCAAUUUUGUUGUUUUUAAAUCAGCCAGUUAGCUUUUAAAGGACUUGGCUAACUGGGUUGAAUGCCAAAUCUGUAGUAAUGUGGAAAACUUCUGCACCAGUACCACACUUUACAUGCAUUCCUCAUCUGUAGCACUAAAGCAUCUGAGUUUGGCAAGUGGCCAGCUCUGUAGCUGCACUCGUCACUCCCCUGUAAAGCCUGUUACAUGCUCACAACUACUGAGUUAUCCUCUCUUCCCUAGUUUUAUUCCUUAGAUUGGAGAGUAAAAGCACUUCACAGGGCACAGGACAGCACAGAACCAUAUUCAUGGUAGCCUAGAGGAUGUCCCAGUGGUGGGAGAGGAGUCUGCCUGGGGAUCUCUGUGAGCGCCCUAAGCAAUGUUGCUACCCUGACUUCUCUACCACUCCAUGAUACAGAGCCAGCUUUCCGGGCACCUGUGCAGUGUAUUCAUAUUUAUACAGGUUUGACUUUUGUUUUAAAGUCUGUAGUCCCUUGAACUGGGUAAGGGAAGUGCCCUUUUAAGAGGGGCAAAGAGGAGGCAAUGCUUUCAACUCUUCUGCCAGGCAGGAGCAGGAUCUCCAGUCCCCUUUGGAUGUUCUGUGAAAACACUUUCCUGAGGAGGCUUCUGUUUGUAAGAUCUGCUGCAAGAAAAGGGGUGAUGUGCAUCGAAGGAGGGAGCCAUGUUCUCUCAACACCAGGGCAGUGAACCACCAACACCCACCUUCCCCUUCCUGCACCCUUGUGUAGCAUACCCCAGCAGACCAAGAGCUCCUGUGCACUUGGCAGUGCUCUGAGCUGUCUCCCUCGCAUACAUUUCGCUCCUCAAGUCUGUGGGAAGAAGCCACGUACUGUACAUUUCCAGAGAAGCUUUGGGUGUAAAUCAGUGUAUACUUGGAGAGGGAGAUUUUUCUAUCUUGUAGAGUAGGUAUUUUUAUAGAAUGAAGGUUGAUCAAUUUUUUAAUACUUUAAAGAAGAGAGAAAUGUAUCUGUGUAUACACAAAUAUUAUAUAAAUAUAAAUAUAUAUAUAUAUAUAUGUAUAAAUAUAUAAAUAUUGGAGACCUGCCUUUCUUGACUUGGGAUCAUGUAUCCCCAGUUAAAACAGUCUUUUUUUUUUUUUUUUUUUUCCUGUUGAUCACUCCGAGGUACUGUAACUGUAAAUAAUCACCAGGAAAAAAGUUUUAAACACAAAAGCACUGACUUGCACACUGACAAUGCUUUAAAUUCCCAAGGAAAAAAACUGUACUUCCCAAUAAAGUUGCUCUCUCCCUGCUGGUAUGUGAAGGAAACUCGAAACGAGGCAAAAAAAGUAUUGUCUUAAAUGAUGUAUUGAUUCUUGUCAAAUUAAAAGCUGUUACCAUUA